UUGUAGCCAGUUUAAUAGGCCUUUGGGUUUAGUUCAUUUGGUAAAUUACAAAUUAAAGCUUUGAAAACACAAGUCAGUAUCAAUUCCGAACUUCGCAAGGAGCAAAAGGACUCGGCGUUCGAAAGUUUAGGAAUGUCGACGCCAAAUUUUCUUUUAAGCAAUGGAAAAAAUAUGCCGAUGGUGGGUCUUGGGACUUGGCGGAGCCCCCCAGAGGUCGUCACUCAAGCGGUAAAGGAUGCCAUAGAUAUAGGGUACCGCCACUUCGAUUGCGCCCACAUAUAUGGAAAUGAGGCCCAAGUGGGCGCAGCUCUUCGGGAGAAGAUAGAUGAGGGCGUUGUUACCCGGGAGGACCUCUUCAUCACGAGCAAGCUCUGGAACACCCACCACAAGCCGGAGCUGGUUCGAUCCGCCUGCGAGACUAGUAUGCGGAACUUGGGAGUGAACUACCUGGAUCUGUACCUGAUGCACUGGCCCAUGGCCUACAAGUCGGGCGACAACCUGUAUCCCACUUGUCCGGACACGAACAAGGCUGCAUUCGAGGACAUCGACUACGUGGACACAUGGCAGGCCAUGGAGGAUCUGGUCGACGAGGGGCUCUGCCAGGCCAUCGGCGUAUCCAACUUCAAUGAACAACAAAUCACUCGCCUGCUGGGUGUGGCCAAGCUAAAGCCGGUGGUUCUGCAGAUCGAGUGCCACCCGUACCUCAGUCAAAAGUCUUUGAUUACCCUUUGCUAUGAUAACGCCAUUGCUGUGACCGCUUACAGCUGUCUGGGAUCAGGACACACACCCUACGAGAAGCCCGGGGCGUACCCACUGCUCCAGCACCCGACCAUCCUGGCCAUAGCAGAGAAAUACGAAAGGACUCCGGCACAGGUGCUUCUCCGCUAUCAGACGCAGUCGGGCAUCAUCGUCAUCCCGCGAUCCGUGAGCAAACAGCACAUGCUGGACAACUUCAGGCGAAUCUGGGACUUUGAACUGGCCAGCGACGAUGUGAAGGCCAUAUAUGACCUGGACUGUAACGGUCGUUUCAUGACCAUGAAGGCGGCCUAUGGACACCGUCACCACCCCUUCGAACCAGUACAGGCUAAUUAAGUAAUUAGUAUAAGAUGUUGAACGUGUCCUACAAAAAUUUAAACAUUGCGGUUGCCUAUUGUGCUGAGGUGACGAUCCACUUCCAACUGCCUCCGUCGCAGAUGGAUGAGAGGAGCUAAGGAAUCAAAAUGUAGCUAUAGUGACACAAUGUGUUAUUCAGAUAAUAUAAUAAACAUAUGUUACCGCGUAA